CCCUCAGAAUCCUGACACGUUCUGUGUCCUCCACCCUAGCCCAGGAAUAUUCUCCUUGCCACUGCCCCCACCUCACGGGCCCUGAGGUCACCCAAAGAGGACCUCCACACAUAUAACCUUACGUUCCUUUUGGGUCUGUGCUGGCCUAGUGUCCCAGCAUCCCCUAAGAACUACGUGACCCUUGAUACAGGUCUUUUCUUGUCCUCCAUGCAACUUAAGCCAAAGUUGGGCAGCAGGUGUGCCAGACCUUGGAUCCAUCUCCUGGACCACUGGCAGCAGCUAAUUGGCUGGUCAUUGUGAUGUCAGAUGUCCUGGAGCCAAACCAAGGCCUCAGGUAGCUGCUGGGCUCUGGUCUUUUGGUGAUGGUGGGCUCCAUGGUAGAAGGUCCCAGCAGGAUGAGGGGGGGGGGGGGGUCCCAGUGAGAAAGGGUGUUCCAGGCAGGGGGGUCCUCUUAACCAAACCUCUUGUCACCACUGCAACCCACAACUAUGCCAAUCUCCUGUCCUAAGCAGCUGUAGCCAGGGCGGCCCCGAAGAGAGCUACUUCUGUGCUAGGAGGGUUACUGGGAGGUGUGGCAGGAGGUCUUGAACUGCAGAACCAGACACCAGGGAGAAGGGCAGACCCAGUGCCAAGAAGGGCCUGGAGCAAGAUGUCCUCCAAGCCAUUGACCGGGCCAUUGAGGCUGUGCACAAUGCAGCCAUGCGGGAUGGUGGCAAGUACAGCCUGGAGCAGCGUGGAGUCCUUCAGAAGCUGAUCCACCACCGGAAAGAGACUCUGUCCCGCAGAGGCCCCUCAGCCUCCAGCCCUGCAGCUAUGACCCCAUCCACCAGUGACCACCAUCUGGACGCUGCUGCUGCCAGGCAGCCCAAUGGGACGUGUCGAGCUGGGUUUGAGCGGCAGCACAGCCUCCCUAGUUCCGAGUAUCUCGGGGCGGACGGAGGCCUCUACCAGAUCCCACCACAGCCUCGCCGAGCAGCACCCGCCAUGCCACCUCCACCUGUGAAGCGCCGAGACCGUGAGGCCCUGGUGGCCUCAGGCAGUGGCGGCCGCAACACCACGCCCUCCGGGGGCAGUUCUGUGUCCAGCGGCUCCUCAGUCAGCAGCACCUCCCUUGACACGCUCUGUACCGGCUCUAGCUCGUCUGAGCUGGGCCCCAGCUGCUCACCCACGCCCCCACCUGUGCCCCGCCGAGGCACUCACACCACUGUGUCCCAAGCUCAGCCCCCUCCCUCCAAGGUGCCAGCCCCUGAGCCCCCUACAGAGGAGGUGGCAGUUGAUACAACCUCAGCCCCUGAUGAGCUGGAGGCCCUGGGUGCGCUGAACCUGGGGACUACAGAGGAGAAGGUGGUGGCCGAGACUGCUGUGCCCAAGACCAUCGGGGCAGAGCUGAUGGAGCUCGUGCGGAGAAACACCGGCCUGAGCCACGAGCUAUGCCGUGUGGCUAUUGGCGUCGUGGUGGGUCACAUCCAGGCCUCUGUGCCGGCCAGCUCGCCUAUCAUGGAGCAGGUCCUCCUCUCGCUGGUAGAGGGCAAGGACCUGAGCACUGCCCUGCCCUCAGGGCAAGUCUGCCAUGACCAGCAGCGGCUGGAGGUGAUCUUUGCAGACCUGGCUCGGCGCAAGGACGAUGCCCAACAGCGCAGCUGGGCCCUGUACGAGGAUGAAGGGGUCAUCCGCUGCUACCUGGAGGAGCUGCUGCAUAUUCUGACGGAUGCAGACCCCGAAGUUUGCAAGAAAAUGUGCAAGAGAAAUGAGUUCGAGUCUGUCCUGGCCUUGGUGGCCUACUACCAAAUGGAGCACCGGGUGUCCCUGCGGCUGCUGCUCCUCAAGUGCUUUGGUGCCAUGUGCAGCCUGGAUGCAGCCAUCAUCUCCACACUCGUGUCGUCUGUGCUGCCUGUGGAGCUGGCACGGGACAUGCAGACAGACACGCAGGAUCACCAGAAACUCUGUUACUCCGCCCUCAUCCUGGCCAUGGUCUUCUCCAUGGGGGAGGCAGUGCCAUAUGCGCACUAUGAGCACCUGGGCACACCCUUUGCCCAGUUCCUGCUGAGCAUCGUCGAGGAUGGGCUGCCCCUGGACACCACAGAACAGCUGCCCGAUCUCUGCAUGAACCUGCUUCUGGCUCUCAACUUGCACCUGCCAGCCCCUGACCAGAACGUCAUCAUGACCGCCCUGAGCAAACACUCCAACGUCAAGAUCUUCUCCGAGAAGCUUCUCUUGCUCCUGAACAGAGGAGAUGACCCCGUGCGCAUCUUCAAACAUGAGCCGCAGCCGCCACACUCCAUCCUCAAGUUCCUGCAGGACGUGUUCGCCAGCCCCGCCACGGCUGCCAUCUUCUACCACACAGACAUGAUGGCACUCAUUGACAUCACCGUGCGCCACAUCGCGGACCUGUCGCCCGGAGACAAGCUUCGCGUAGAGUACCUCUCCCUGAUGCACGCCGUCAUCCGCACCACACCCUACCUGCAGCACCGCCACCGGCUGCCCGACCUGCAGGCCACACUGCGCCGCAUCCUGACUGAAGAGGAAGCCUCGCCCCAGGGCCAGAUGGACCGCAUGAUUGUCCGAGAGAUGUGCAAGGAAUUCCCAGUGCUGGGCGAGGACCCCAGCUAGCGCCUUCCUCCCCUCCCUUCCCUGCAGCCCCGGUCAGGGUGCAGGGGACGCGGAGGCUUGGCCCUAAGCAUGUUUUGCACAGACGGUGUGGGGGAGGUGGUGGUGGAAGGGACCUGAGCAGGGCCCCCACCUGAAGUAGAGCCAGUGCCAGGGGCCAAGUGUGGGAUCGGGGACCACGCUCUGGGAGCUAUGCUGGGGCAGAGGGCCUGUGUGAGCUAAAGCCCCUCCAUCUCCCGGUAGGCUGCCUCUUCAGCAUGCCCCCUGCCCCCCCCCCCCCCCCCCCAGCACAAACACACACUCAGAGUCCCGCUGCUGCUCCGGGCUGGGCUAGAGCCGCCAUCCCUGUCCUGCCUCGUCUGGGUCCUGGGCCUCAGCAAGCCAUGUCUUUGGGGUGAGGGGAGCCACCUUCCGCCAGCUGUUCUUUGCCUUAGCUUUGCAGUGAGUGCUUCUCCUGUGCUCCCCGCUCCCCGUGGGGGUCGCUUUCCCUUGCUCCCACCCCCAGGGGUCUUGGCCAAGCUCCUGCUUUAAAGCAGAAUCUUAGAGACAGGCCAUCUAUUCUGGAGCCUCAGUGGUCUUGGCCAAGCUCCUGCUUUAAAGCAGAAUCUUAGAGACAGGCCAUCUAUUCUGGAGCCUCACAGAAUAGGGUGAUGGCACUCAGAAAGCCAAUGACAGAAUAUUUUCUCUGUAAAAAUGUAGACUGAAAAGCCAUGUGUAUUUUCCCGUGUGCUGCAGCUCACCUUCGGAAAUAAAUCACAGGCAUCCA